AUGUCGAGGAUACAGUCGACAUUUCGAGGAUACAGUCGACGUUGUCGAGGAUACAGUCGACGUUCUCGAGGAUACAGUCGACAUGUCGAGGAUACAGUCGACAUUUCGAGGAUACAGUCGACGUUGUCGAGGAUACAGUCGACGUUCUCGAGGAUACAGUCGACGUUUUCGAGGAUACAGUCGACAUGUCGAGGAUACAGUCGACAUGUCGAGGAUACAGUCGACGUUGCCGAGUAUACAGUCGACAUGUCGAGGACACAGUCGACGUUGUCGAGUAUACAGUUGACAUGUCGAGGAUACAGUCGACGUUGUCGAGGAUACAGUCGACAUUGUCGAGGAUACAGUCAACGUUGUCGAGGAUACAGUCGACAUGUCGAGGAUACAUUCGACAUGUCGAGGAUACAGUCGACAUGUCGAGGAUACAGUCGACAUGCCGAGUAUACAGUCGACGUUGUCGAGUAUACAGUCGACGUUGUCGAGUAUACAGUCGACAUGUCGAGGAUACAGUCAACAUGUCGAGGAUACAGUCGACAUGUCGAGGAUACAGUCGACAUGUCGAGGAUACAGUCGACAUGUCGAGUAUACAGUCGACAUGUCGAGGAUACAGUCGACGUUGUCGAGUAUACAGUCGACAUUUCGAGGAUACAGUCGACGUUGCCGAGUAUACAUUUGACAUGUCGAGGAUACAGUCGAAGUUGUCGAGUAUACAGUCGACGUUGUCGAGGAUACAGUCGACAUGUCGAGGAUACAGUCGACGUUGUCGAGUAUACAGUAAACAUGUCGAGGAUACAGUCGACGUUGUCGAGUAUACAUUCAACGUUGUCGAGGAUACAGUCGACAUGUCGAGGAUACAGUCGACGUUGUCGAGUAUACAGUCGACAAGUCCAGGAUACAGUCGACGUUGUCGAGUAUACAGUCGACGUUGUCGAGUAUACAGUCGACAUGUCGAGGAUACAGUCGACAUGUCGAGGAUACAGUCGACAUGUCGAGGAUACAGUCGACGUUGCCGAGUAUACACUUGACAUGUCGAGGAUACAGUCGAAGUUGUCGAGUAUACAGUCGACGUUGUCGAGGAUACAGUCGACAUGUCGAGGAUACAGUCGACGUUGUCGAGUAUACAGUCGACAUGUCGAGGAUACAGUCGACGUUGUCGAGGAUACAGUCGACAUGUCAAGGAUACAGUCGACAUUGUCGAGUAUACAGUCGACAUGUCGAGGAUACAGUCGACAUGUCGAGGAUACAGUCGACAUGUCAAGGAUACAGUCGACGUUGUCGAGGAUACAGUCGACAUGUCGAUUAUACAGUCGACAUGUCGAGGAUACAGUCAACAUGUCGAGGAUACAGUCGACAUGUCGAGGAUACAGUCGACAUGUCGAGAAUACAGUCGACAUGUCGAGAAUACAGUCGACAUGUCGAGGAUACAGUCGACGUUGUCGAGUAUACAGUCGACAUUUCGAGGAUACAGUCGACGUUGCCGAGUAUACACUUGACAUGUCGAGGAUACAGUCGAAGUUGUCGAGUAUACAGUCGACGUUGUCGAGGAUACAGUCGACAUGUCGAGGAUACAGUCGACGUUGUCGAGUAUACAGUCGACAUGUCGAGGAUACAGUCGACGUUGUCGAGUAUACAUUCAACGUUGUCAAGGAUACAGUCGACAUGUCGAGGAUACAGUCGACGUUGUCGAGUAUACAGUCGACAUGUCCAGGAUUCAGUCGACGUUGUCGAGUAUACAGUCGACGUUGUCGAGUAUACAGUCGACAUGUCGAGGAUACAGUCGACAUGUCGAGGAUACAGUCGACAUGUCGAGGAUACAGUCGACAUGUCGAGGAUACAGUCGACGUUGUCGAGUAUACAGUCGACAUGUCGAGGAUACAGUCGACGUUGUCGAGUAUACGUUCAACGUUGUCGAGGAUACAGUCGACAUGUCGAGGAUACAGUCGACGUUGCCGAGUAUACACUUGA